UCCGUGGAAACCAUGAUCGAUAUAUCACCGUAAAGCACAAGUUCUCUCGACCAAUAUCCGCCAGAUAUGUUCGUGUGCAUCCUGUCAGUUGGUAUGCGUGGGUAUCCAUGAGAGUAGAGUUCUAUGGAUGUGCGAUAGGCCCUCGCUGCAACAAAGCCCUAGGAAUGCAACGUGGAUUACCAAGCCGAAUGAUCACAGCCUCCUCAGAAUACAACCGUUACCAUGGCGCAUCACGUGGUCGACUCCACGCAAGGCGUGCAGGCAGAUACAUCGGUGCAUGGUCUGCAAAAAUCAGCAACCAUUACCAAUGGCUCCAGAUUUCAUUCCCUAAACUCAUGAGAAUUGUAAAGAUCGCCACCCAGGGACGACAGGAUUUCAAUCAAUGGGUUCGAAGCUAUCGAUUCUUCUACAGUACUGAUGGCGCUCACUUUGCCGUCUAUAAGAAGAAUGGAAACAUUAAGUACUUUACAGGAAAUAAAGACAGAAAUACCGUCCAGGCCAACAGGUUGUUCCCAUCAGUCAUAGGAAGAGUCUUCCGAAUCGCCCCUCAUUCAUGGUAUUCAUACAUUUCCAUGAGAGCUGAGCUUUACGGAUGUCAAAUCAGUAACUGUCAAGCUUCCAUGGGAGCCGAAGAUGGUCGUAUUCCUCGUGGUUCGUUCCGUGCCUCGACAUUCUACAACGUACACUUGGCACCUUACCAAGGAAGACUUAACAGCAUCCGAUCUUGGAGUGCUCGCCAUAACAAUGCAAAACAGUGGCUCCAGAUUGAUUUGCUUGGUGUUGGUCGCAUAACUGGCAUAGCUUCCCAAGGAAGACGUGAUGCAAAUCAAUGGGUCACGAGCUAUGUACUGUCAUACUCACAUGGUCAUGUCUUCCGUGUCUAUAGAGAGGGAGGACGAGUUAAGAUCUUCCGCGCCAACUCCGAUCGCAACACCGUAGUGUACCAUCGUCUUCAAAAAACUGUUGUAUCUCAACGCGUUCGUGUUCAUCCCAAGAGAUGGCGAAGUCAUAUUUCGAUGCGAGUUGAGCUGUAUGGAUGCCUAAAAGGUCUUACAGAUCUUUGCAAUGCUCCAUUCGGCUUACAAAGCGGUCGCAUCAAGAACAACCAGAUCUCUUCCUCCACUCAACACAACAAAAACUUCGCUGCAUACAAAGCAAGACUCGGUGGCUCAGGAGGAUGGAUGUCACGAUACACAAACCAUAAACAGUGGGUCCAGAUUGAUCUGCGCCGCCUAUUGAAGAUUUCUAUGUUGUCCAUCCAGGGUAACCUUAACCAGAACGCUUUUGUCAGGUUAUACAAGGUUACGUACAGUAUGGAUGGGGCGCACCAGGCUACGGUUCUUGACGACACCAAUACAAGGAUCCAGUACUUUACUGGUAAUCACGAUUCAAAAGGAACAAUUGAAACUCGUUCGUUCCGUCCCGCCAUCGUUACCCGCUUCAUCAGGGUGUACGCCUACAGAAGCUACAGAAGAGACUCCAUGAGGCUGGAAAUACAUGGCUGCAGAGCCGUUCGAUGCGACGUGGCUCUUGGUGCAGAAGACUAUCGUCUCCCUGACGUCUCCUUCUCUGCUUCUUCGAGGCUCAGUUACACGUACUCAUCUCACAAGGCUCGUCUGAACAUGCGCAGUUACACCUGGAUCGCUAAGCACCGCAAUACGAAACAAUGGCUUCAAGUUGAUGUUGGCAACAGGGCAAGAAUCAUUAAACUAGCAACUCAAGGAAAUUACCGAUCUAACUACUGGGUCAGAGCGUUUACCCUGCAAUAUGGUUCUACGAUCGACUAUCUGAGGAACUACAAGGAAGGAAGUCGCGUGAAGGUCUUCCAAGCCAACUAUGACCGAUCCACAAUUGUCUACCAAAAUCUUCGUCCGAUCUCCACUCGAUACGUACGUUUCCGACCAACAUCUUGGCAAGGCUAUAUCUCCAUGAGAGUCGAACUUUACGGAUGCAGCGCUGGUCAUUUGUGUAACCGUAAGCUGGGCAUGCAGAAUGGUGGUAUACCAAACGGAGCUAUUACAGCAUCUAGUCAGCUUAUGACUGGAUUAGCUCCAUAUCUUGCGAGAUUGAACCUGAGGAAAAUGGGACGUAAAUAUGGUGCCUGGAUACCACAGCGACAAACUUACAAUGAGUGGUUACAGAUCGAUACGGGUCGCUUGUCAAAGAUCAUUCGUAUUGCAACUCAAGGCCGCCAAGAUGCAAGACAAUGGGUGACUCGAUACUAUCUGAGUAGCAGUGUAGAUGGCGUGCAUUUUACAAGAUAUACGCACAACUCCGUUGAUAAGCUAUUCUAUGCCAAUCGCGAUAGCAACACCAUCAGGUUCCAUUCUCUUAUCCCAGCCAUCCGUGGCCGCUUUGUUCGUGUCUAUCCAUGGGGAUGGCACAGCUACAUUGCUAUGAGAGUUGAACUGUAUGGGUGCAAGUUAGAAAAGUGUGGUGUUCCGGUUGGUUUACAAGACAGACGUAUCCCUGAUUCCUACCUGACGUCCUCAAGCAAAUGGGACGCCAAGCACGGUCCUCAACGUGCUCGUCUCAACCACCGAAACGUAGGUGGUACAGGUGCCUGGUCUUCACGUUAUAACAAUGCCAAGCAAUGGCUGCAAAUAAGACUGAAGGAGGUGACUACCAUCACAGUAAUUGCCACUCAGGGCCGAUAUGAUGCCAAUCAGUGGGUCAAGAGUUUUGAGCUUGGGUCAAGUUUUGAUGGAAGACGAUUCAGGAUGUAUGCUGUUAGAGGAAGAACAAAGCGUUUUACAGCAAAUUAUGACAGACAAACAGUUGUUAACAACCGUUUGAGUCCAAGGAUGAAAGCACGUUACGUUCGAAUCUACCCCAAGUCAUGGCACUCACACAUCUCCAUGAGAUUCGAGUUGUAUGGAUGCAGCCCAAAGAUGAGAGUGGUGUGCUACAAAGCAAUGGGUGUUGGUAACAAGCAGAUCCCUGACAGUAACAUGAGAGCAUCCUCUCGCUGGAGUAGAAAAUAUACAGCACAGUAUGGUCGUUUAGCUCCACCAGCCGGAGGAGGGUAUAAGGGCACAUGGAUUGCACGUCAUAAUAACUACAACCAAUGGCUGCAAGUUGAUCUUGGUCGCGCAACAAAGAUCACUAAAGUGGCCACUAAAGGACGCUAUAAAGUCUCCCAGUGGGUCAAAUCAUUUUACCUUCAGUACAGCAACAACGGUAGAUCCUUCAAAUACGUCCGAGAGGGUAAACGAGUUAAGUUGUUCAAAGCUAACACCAACUACUAUAGCAUUGUGGAUAACCCAGUCAACCCGUCUGUUGUCGCACGAUAUAUUAGGUUCAACCCGCGUUCAUGGCAUAGACACAUAUCGAUGAGAGUUGAGGUUUACGGCUGUUAUUCAAAUGCACCAAGCGUAUCCCGUCCGACCUUAACACCAACGACCAGGCAAAAACAAGGAAUAGUCAAGGUUAUAGCGCGCUGUCAGUUUAGGAUAAGGAAUCAGAAGCGCAGACGAGUUGUGUCAAUGGUUCAGUUCGUUGUCAACAACCGCGUCACAAGGACAGUACGUGUCAAUGGACACCAUGCGGACCUUAUCGAAAACACUUACGGAUUCAGAGCAGGAACAAAGGUUUCUUGUCGUGUAAAGAGCCGAUUCGUUGGUGUGAAAGAAUGGAGCAGCUAUGAUGACAGCAACAAGGUCUUCUUUGGUUUGAAGGUACAUCCAAAGAAAAUCAUCAUCUCAGAGAAAACACCAUGGAAACCCGUGCGCAUCACAGGCUUCGUUCCGAUCACGUGCUACGGUCGCUCGCUGGGAUGUUCUAUCACGGCAAACAUCCGCAGCCAUGAUCAAUAUAUCACUGACAAAUGUGUCGUAAGAAUAUCAGAGCGUUCACGCAGGAAAUUUACCUUGAACGUUAAGGCUGUCAAGACAUUUGUGCAAUCUGGGAAAAAGACUAUGCUGCUUAAGUUUGAUGGUAUCAAAUCACGACCAGGUGGAAGUAGAUUCUGGGUUGGCUACAAAUUGCCAGCUGUAAAGAUAAUGUACAUACCUCCCGGUCGCCAAGGUGGCUACAGAAAGUGUCAGGCAACUGGCGAUCCUCACUACAGAACCUUUGAUGGAAAAUAUUACGACAUUCUUAGGAAUCCUGGUACUUACACCUUUGUCAAGAGCACGAAAAGACAUUUCGAGGUUCAAACUCGUAUCUGGCCUUGCUGGAGAGUUGUCUGUAACUGUGGUGUGGCUAUACGUGAGAAUGAUGACGUUGUGACAAUUGAUAUGUGUAACGGACAAUGGAGAAGAACAGUUCCUCGAGUCGUACAGAAAUCAAAGAAACCUCUUGGUAAUCGAAUUAAGAUAAAAAGCUUUGGUGGUGGGCAGCGCACGAGAUAUAAGGUUACAUUAAAAUCUGGGGUUUCAUUGAACAUCCAAACAAACACUGGUUACAUGAAUGUCUACAUCUCAGUACCUGGAGAGGAUUACAAGUCAGUUGUUGGUCUUUGUGGAAACAAUAAUGGAAAUCCGAGGGAUGACCUUCAAGGCAAGAGUGUUUAUGCAUUUGCCAAUAGAUACAAGCUAAAACCAGGAACCACUUUGUUCGAAAGUCUUCCACCUCGUAUUCCAAAGAUUACCGGUCCAGUACCAGCAUGCACUUGUGUCAGGCACAAUGGAAAAAGAAUCAAUUCCUGUGACAUUCGCCCCGCUCCUGAACUUGAAAAGGGAGGACAGACUGUAACGCCAAUUGUCGUACCACCACACCCAAAGAAACCAGGAAACAGAGAUAAUAAAGACUACGAUCCAGAUUCUAUUAACUAUGUCUACAAACCACCAAAGGUUAAUUAUGUUACCCCGACAUGGCCAACAAAAACUGGAAUCACCAAAGCAAAGGCAGUUAACCAUUGUAAGAAGAUACUUCGAGGCAUAGCAAAGACGUGUAGUAAAUACAUCAACUUUACGAAGAGAAAAUCCUUGCACGAAUGCGUCACGGAUAUUAAGAUUACCGGUAAGCUUAGCAUGGCCAGAUCUUCGUUGUCUAGUCUAAUGGAUGAGUGUAAGGACAAGAUGUUGCGUGACCCCAAAAACUACAAAAAAGACAAGAACGGAAAAGUUGUCCCCAACACUAAGAUCGUCGAUUCUUUCUGUCCCAACCAAUGUUCUGGCAGAGGUCGAUGUGUUCGAAAUAAGUGCAAAUGUAGAGGCAAGUGGACUGCAUCUGACUGCAGUAUUUCCAAGACCAAACCACCUAAGCUUGAUGGUAUUCAGUCCAAGGGACUAUGUGAUAUUCGCAACAGGGUUUGUCACUUCAACAGUGUCUAUGGAUUUGGAUUCUAUGAUCUUGGUCUUCGCUGUCAUAUGAAGAAGUUCCGACUUAUUGGCAAGAAGUGGCGCAGGGUUAGUUCUUAUGUCAAAAGACGAGGACACAUCCAGAAUUUCAGGGAGGUUCGAUGUACAAUCCCAAUAAAGAUUCGACGUAGGAAAGUGCGUGGUCUACCAAUACGAUUCCUGAUCGCAGUAUCCAACAAUGGCUUCUUAACCAGUAACACAAAGACACUAACGAUCUAUGAUUCAGCCUGUCACCUAUGCCAAUCAAACGGGCGUUGCUAUGCAAAGCGUAAUAAUUGUCAAAUCAAAGGUAUUUGUUACGCACCCAAUGAGAGCAACUCCAAGGACAAGCGUCUCAAGUGUGUACCCGUUGUCAAUAGAUACUCAUGGACAAGAGUUGGCUCUAAGCGUCGACCCUUGGGCAUGAACAGUGGAAAGAUUCCCAACAGAGCCAUCACAGCUUCCACCACAUGGAACAGAUACCAUGCACCAUGGUUAGCAAGACUAAACAAGCACUACAAGCGUCCUUAUGCUAAUGCAUGGUCUGCAAAAGUCAACAACAAAAACCAGUGGAUUCAGGUGUAUGUGGGUCGACCCAAGAAGGUUAAUGGUAUCGCUACACAGGGACGACGUGACGCUAAUCAGUGGGUGGUGACUUAUUAUAUUACUUACAGUAUGGAUGGUAUUCACUAUGUUCCCUACAAAUGCAAAAAGAUAUUCCGUGCCAACCGCAAUCGUAAUGGCGUCGUUCGACACAACCUCAGGCCUGCCAUCAUUGCUUCAUAUAUCCGUGUACAUCCAGUCAGAUGGGCAUCGCAUAUCUCCAUGAGGCUUGAGCUGUAUGGACACAGAAUGGCAUCCUAUAGACUACCACUUGGAGUUCAAGAUAACAGAAUCCCCCACAGUGCAAUUCAAUCCUCAUCUCGAUGGGAUAAUAACCAUGGACCAUUCAGAGGUCGUUUGUUCACUUGUAUCGAAGGCCGUCUCACUGGAGCCUGGUCCUCCAAACCUAAUAACAGAAAACAAUGGCUACAAAUCGACAUCGGAACAACAGCUAACGUGGCUGGCAUUGAAACGCAAGGCCGACAGGGCGUUAACCAAUGGGUAACGAGCUAUACUUUAGGAAGGAGUAACGAUGGAAUCACAUUUAAGACCUACACUAUGAGAAGAAGAGUCAAGGUGUUCCGUGGUAACAGAGACCAAAACACAGUGGUCAAACAUGCUAUCAUCCCAGCAAUACGCACGCGUUACGUCCGGAUAUAUCCACAAUCUUGGUACUCGCAUAUAUCCAUGAGAGUCGAGUUGUAUGGAAAAAGAUUAGUUCGUCGACCUAAAGCCAAGGCUCUUGGAAUCGGAAAAAGGCGCGUACCAGACCGAGCGAUCUCCGCAUCAACUAGAUGGAACAAAUACCACGCUGCGCACCUUGCAAGACUUAACCUCAAACGACGUGGGCGCUAUGUCGGAGGUUGGUCCGCGAGAAAGAAUAACAAAAGGCAAUGGAUUCAAGUUGAUCUUGGAAAACCUAAGAAAAUAGUUAAAAUUGCUACUCAAGGUCGACAAGAUUCUCGCCAGUUUGUGACAAGGUACAUCGUGAAGUCGAGCAUCGAUGGAGUGUACUGGGUUACAUACAAGAAGAGAAGCGUGCCAAAGGUGUUCAUUGGUAAUAGUGAUCAAUUCACCGUCAAAGAGAAUGCAUUUGAUCCUAAGAUUACAGCACGAUACUUCCGCGUCUAUCCAGUGGCCUGGGUAGGACAUAUUUCAUUAAGAUUUGAGUUGUAUGGAUAUCCUGCAUCGAGGAAAAACGUUCCUCUUGGCGUCGAGGAUGGAUACGUGAAAUGUCACCAGAUGAAAGCAUCUUCAAGUUGGGAUAAAUAUCACAGUGCAUGUCGUGGAAGACUCAACACCGUUAAACAAGGCCAUCACCGUGGUGCUUGGUCACCUAGAACACGAUAUAGGCAAUGGAUCCAAGUCAGGUUGAGCCGCCCAACUGCUAUUACCAAAAUAUUAACCCAAGGAAGACAGGAUGCCAGGCAGUGGGUUAACAAAUACUCCGUGACUUAUAGCAUUAAUGGACGAAGAUUCAGGACUUACAAAAUAGGAGGAAAGAAAAGGAUUUUCCGAGGCAACAACGACCAAAAUAGCAUCGUGCCAAAUCCUCUGAGACCCGCAAUAUUUGCCAAGUACAUCCGUCUGUAUCCACUUCAAUGGGUCGGCCACCCUUCCAUGAGGCUUGGGCUGUAUGGAAGGAGACCAGGAUAUCAAGUGCAGCGUCUUAGAGCACUAGGAAUAGAAAAGAGACGCAUACCAAAUCAGCAUUUGACAGCUUCUUCAUCAUGGGACAGAAACCAUGGUCCCUCACGAGGAAGACUCAACACCAAGCGAAGAGGACACAGAGUAGGUGCUUGGUCUACCAAGCGAAACAACAAGUACCAGUGGUUCCAAGUGUACUUCCCAAAACCAAAGACCGUCACAGCAAUCGGGACUCAGGGUCGACAGGAUUUGAACCAAUGGGUGACGAGGUUUUAUGUGAUGUACAGUAUUGAUGGAGUUAAUUUUGUACCAUACAAGAAAUAUGGGGCAACUAAAGUGUUUAGGGCAAACAAGAACAGGAACUCUGUGGUUUACAAUAAGUUCAACCCUCCAAUCAAAGCCAAUUUCAUCCGUGUAUACCCAACAUCAUGGAAUAGUCAUAUCUCUAUGAGAAUCGAAUUGUAUGGAUUCCCUGCAUCUCAAUCUCGCCUUGGUCUCGGUGUUGAAGAUGGUCGUAUACCUGAUGGAUAUUUGACGGCUACUUCAAUGUGGAACAGGGCUCACAGUCCACAACGAGCACGUCUUAACAUUGCCAGAACUCGACACGGUGUAGGCGCUUGGAGUUCCCGUCAUAACAAACGCAAUCAAUACAUACAAAUCGAUAUAGGUAGCCAAGCAAAGGUAGUUGCCAUAGGCACGCAGGGACGUCAGGACGUAAAUCAAUGGGUGAAGAGUUUCAAGAUAUCGUCCAGCAAGGAUGGAAUUCGAUAUAGAUUCUACCCUAAGGUAUUCCGUGGAAACAGAGACCGUCACACUAUUGUAAUGAAUCGCUUUGGUCGAUCUUUGAGUGCGCGCUACGUCAGAGUCCAUCCUGUCACUUGGCAUUCUCAUAUCUCUAUGAGAUUGGAGCUGUACGGCUAUCGAUAUGGCCGUCGACCAAUAAAAGCAAGGCCAUCGGGCAUUCAGUCCGGCAGGAUUCCCAACAAGGCCUUCAGUGCUUCGACUAUUUACAACAAAUACAGCCCAGCCUGGCUUGCUCGUUUGAGGAACAAACCCCGAGGACGAUACACAGGAUGCUGGCUGCCACGUCACAAGAAUGCGAGACAGUGGAUCCAAGUUGAUUUGAAGAAGUUUACCAGAAUUGUGAAGAUUGCAACUCAAGGAAGACCAAACGCUAAUCAGUACGUAACAAGAUUUGUUGUUGCAUACAGCCAAGACCGAAUCAGAUGGCUAAGAUACACCAAAAAUGGACGAGUACAGAUUUUCCAUGGCAACAAAGAUCCAAACACUAUCAAGGAAAAUUUCUUCUCGCCUGCAAUAAGAGCCCGAUAUGUACGAGUCUAUCCCAAGAAAUGGGUCAACUAUAUUGCCCUCAGGCUUGAACUUUAUGGCGCACCAAUUGCUAUUAAUAAGGUACCUAUUGGUGUUGCUGAUGGCAAGAUUCCUAAUGGUUACAUCACUGCUUCGUCCAUCUGGGAUCGAAACCACGCUGCUUGGAGAGCAAGACUGUACACUGUACGAAAAGGCCAUUUGAUUGGUGGAUGGUCUUCCAGGCGAAAUGCACGUGGACAAUGGCUCCAGUUUAACUUUGGAGGAUACACUACUCUUACUAAAAUCCUGACACAAGGAAGGCAAGACAUGGAUCAGUGGGUUACUACCUAUACCGUUGCAUACAGUAAAAAUGGCUAUGGCUUCAAAUCUUUCAAGGCGUUUGGACGAACAAAGAUCUUCAUUGGAAAUACGGAUAGGAACACCGUUGUCGGCCACUAUCUACGGCCACAUGUCCGUUGCAGAUACUUUAGAAUAUAUCCCAAAACGUGGUACAAACAUAUGUCUAUGAGAGUUGGGUUCUAUGGCCGCCGAACAGGAGUCAUUCGCCCGAGCUUGCGUGCGCUUGGAAUUGAACGUGGUCGAAUCCGCAACAAGCAAAUGACUGCUUCUUCUAGCUGGAAUCAUUACCAUGGACCAUUUUUGGCCAGACUAAACAGGCGUGCACGAGGAAGAUACCAAGGUAGCUGGUCAGCAAGACACAACAACAAAUAUCAGUACUUACAGGUAACAUUCCGUCGACCAAAGAAUAUCGUUGCCAUAGCAACCCAAGGGCGUCAGAAUGCCGACCAAUGGGUGACCAAAUACUACCUCACAUACAGUCUUGAUGGAUUACACUAUGUAACUUAUAAGUCAAGAGGAGCUGUGAAGGUAUUCCGUGGAAACAGGAACCGCAAUGGAAUAGUUCGACACAUUCUAAGACGAAGCAUCAACGCAAGAAGCAUUCGCAUUCAUCCAAUCAGCUGGAGAUCGCAUAUUUCCAUGAGAAUCGAGCUAUAUGGACGAAAUGCUGUCUCAAGAUCUCUUGCACUUGGGGUAGAAGAUGGCCGUAUUACUGACUCGUCAUUAAGUGCCUCGUCCAUCUGGGACAUUAACCACAGAGCAGCAAACGCGAGACUCAACUUUGUUCGACGUGGACGCAGAACUGGGGCGUGGUCUUCUAGACACAACAAAUACGGUCAGUGGCUGCAAAUUGAUAUUGGAAGCAUGGCUAUCGUGACUGGUAUUGCUACCCAGGGACGACAAGAUGCUAAUCAAUGGGUGACAAGAUAUCGACUGAAGUACAGCAAAGAUGGGCAAAGAUUCCCGUUCUACGGAGCAGGCAGAAGUAUUUAUACUUUCCGUGGCAACACUGACAGAAAUACCAUUAUUUUCCACCGUCUAAGACAAAUCUCCGCUCGUUUUGUCCGUGUCUACCCACAGUCCUGGCAUAGUCAUAUGUCUAUGCGAGUUGAACUUUAUGGUCGCCGAUACCGCCCAACACGCUUCCCUGUCGCAUGUGGUAUUUCCAACAAACGUCUACCCAACAAAUACAUCACAGCAUCAAGUCAGUGGAACAGACACUACGCCCCAUGGCUCGCUCGUCUACAUCUUCAGCGCAAAGGAAAGUACAUGGGUGGAUGGUCUGCCAGGAGAAACAGACGAGGAGAAUGGAUUCAAUUUGACUUGAGAAGGUUUAAAAAGAUCUACAAGAUUGCCACCCAAGGUCGUAGCCACGCCAACCAGUUCGUCAAGAGUUAUAUUGUCAAGUACAGUUUGGAUGGACGACGCUGGGUGCCCUACAAAGUGAACAGUGUGGUUAAGGUACUUCCUGGUAACAGAGAUCAUAAUACAGUUAAAGAAAACUUGCUUGAACCUCCGAUCAUCGCGCGCUUUGUUCGUAUAUACCCAUGGACUUGGUUUGGACACAUCUCACUAAGGGCUGAGUUUUAUGCUGUGAAUCAACGAAACAAUAAAAUCCCACUAGGUUUGGAAGAUCGCACGAUUCCCAACUAUGCCAUCAGAGCCUCCUCACAGUGGGAUGGUAACCAUGCACCAUAUCUUGCUCGUCUUAACAACAUUAGACGCGGAAGGAAGGUUGGUGGAUGGUCUUCCAGAAAGAACCAACGAGGACAAUGGAUUCAGGUUACUUUUGGAAGAAGUACAAGCAUCACAGGCAUUCGUACUCAAGGUCGUCAAGAUGCGAACCAGUGGGUCAAGACAUACACUGUGGCUUACAGCAACAAUGGAAAGAGCUUCAGAACGUACAGAGUUCGUGGACGUGUCAGGAUCUUCCUAGGAAAUAGUGACCGAAACACCGUUGUGACCCGUCAAUUUAGACCGGCAAUACGAGCACGUUACGUCAGAAUCUAUCCAAAGACCUGGCAUGCUCAUAUGUCAAUGAGAAUUGAGCUCUAUGGAAGGCGAACACGAGGAAUCAUUAAACCUCCGCGCAGACUGAAAGCACUCGGAAUGCAGAGCGGACGCAUCCGUAACAACCAGAUCCGUGCAUCCUCAAACUGGGACCGUAACCAUGGUGCCUUCUUGGGUAGACUCAACAGACGUGCACGAGGAAGAUAUCAAGGUGGUUGGUCAGCAAGAUACAACAACCGUAACCAGUUUAUACAGGUGAAAUUCCGUCGCCCAAAAACUAUAACAGCGGUUGCAACGCAAGGUCGACAGAACGCCAACCAAUGGGUAACAGGCUACUACAUCACUUACAGUCUGGACAAUCUACACUAUACACCAUUUGUAUCACGUGGUCGUGUGAAGAUAUUCACUGCCAACCGUGAUCGUAACACAGUUGUUCUUCGAAGACUACAACCAGCCAUCAGAGCUCUGAGUGUUCGUAUCCACCCCGUCAGCUGGAAAUCACAUAUUUCCAUGAGACUCGAGCUGUACGGAAGGAACUCUGUUAUAUAUCACUUGCCUCUUGGCGUUGAAGACCGUCGUAUUCCAGAACGCGCUUUCAGUUCAUCUUCAAACUGGGACAACAACCACAGAGCUUCAAACGUAAGACUCAACUCUGUUCGACGAGGACGUAGAACAGGAGCGUGGUCUGCUAGACACAAUCGACGUGGACAGUGGCUUCAAGUUGAUAUUGGAAGUCUUGCCCAAGUUACCGGUAUUGCUACCCAAGGACGACAAGACGCAAAUCAAUGGGUGAAAAGCUACUACGUGACGUAUAGUACAAAUGGAAAACGAUUUGUACCUUACAGGCAUGGAAGACGAACAGUGGCAUUCCAUGGUAACCGUGACAGAAACUCCAUAGUAUACAACAGAUUUGUUCGUCCUCUGAGAGCACGUUUUGUACGUGUUUACCCAAAGAGCUGGCAUAGUCAUAUUUCUAUGAGGUUGGAACUUUACGGAAGACGAUAUGGUCGUCGUCCCAUACCUAUCCCAAGUGGUAUUUCCAAUGGCCGUCUGCCCAACAGAUACAUCACAGCAUCCAGUCAAUGGGACAAAAACCACGCCCCAUGGCUUGCUCGUCUGCAUCGUAAACGACGUGGACGUCAAGUUGGAGGAUGGUCAGCUCGUACAAAUAAUAAGAGACAAUGGAUCCAGUAUAAUUUGAGAUCACCAAAGAAUAUUUACAAGGUUGUAACUCAAGGAAGAAGCGAUGCAAACCAGUGGGUGACAAGUUUUGCGAUUGUGUACAGUCAAGAUGGAAGACGAUGGGUGUCAUACAAAAAGCACAGUGUGGUUAAGUUGUUCCCCGGAAAUCGUGACAGAAGUUCACUAAGAGAAAAUCUSUUCAGUCCUCCAAUCACGGCUCAGUAUGUACGAAUCUAUCCAAGAACGUGGCACGGACACAUCUCCCUCAGAGCCGAAUUCUACGUUACCCCAGCACGUCGUUCGGAGAUACCCAUGGGCGUGGAGGACGGUAAGGUACCUUCCACGGCCAUCACAGCUUCAUCACAAUGGAACAGUAAUCAUGGACCUUCGAGAGCUCGAAUCAAUACUAUUCGCCGCGGAAGCAAGACUGGAGCAUGGUCUGCUAAAAAGAACAAUAGACGACAGUGGAUCCAAGUUGACUUUGGAAAACCAACCAUCAUCAGUAAGAUUCUUACUCAAGGUCGUCAAGAUGCGAACCAGUGGGUCAAGACAUACACUGUAUCGUACAGCAAUAAUGGAAGACGCUUCACGUCCUACAGAGUAAGAGGAAGAGUUAGGAUGUUCGUGGGCAACACAGACAGAAACACUGUUGUUAUCCGUUCCUUAAGGCCUUACAUUCGGGCUCGAGUCAUCAGAAUCCAUCCACGAACCUGGAAUGCACACAUCUCUAUGAGAAUAGGAUUCAGAGGAAAACGAUUAGCGGGACCAAUUAGACCAAACUUGCCACCUAGACUUCGAGCUCUUGGAAUGCAGAGCGGUCGUAUCCGUAACAACCAGAUCCGUGCAUCCUCAAACUGGGACCGUAACCACGGUGCCUUCUUGGCCAGACUUAACAGUCGUGCACGAGGAAGACUUCAAGGCGGUUGGUCAGCAAGACACAAUAACCGAAAUCAAUACAUUCAAGUAAAAUUCAGAAGACCAAAGAAGGUAGUUGCCAUAGCAACGCAAGGAAGACAGAACGCUGACCAGUGGGUGAAAACCUACUACAUAACGUACAGUCUGGAUGGUGUACACUUUGCUCCAUUCUCUAAAGCUUCACGCAUUGCUGUGUUUAAUGCUAAUCGCAAUCGCAACUCCGUCAAACUUAACAAAUUUAAUCCUGCCAUAUAUGCAAUAGCUGUUCGUGUUCAUCCAGUCAGCUGGCAUCGUCACAUUUCAUUGAGAAUGGAGUUGUAUGGAAGAAAUGCAAAUAUAAGAUACCUACCACUUGGUGUAGAAGAUCGACGCAUACCAGACAGAGCUCUAUCCGCUUCAACAUCUUGGGAUGUCAAACACGGAGCAUCAAACGCAAGACUCAAUUUUGUUCGACGACGACAUAGAACAGGAGCGUGGUCUGCUAGACACAACCGACGAGGACAGUGGCUUCAGGUUGAUAUCGGAAGUCUUGCCCGAGUUACCGGUAUUGCUACCCAAGGACGACAAGACGCAAGUCAAUGGGUGACGAGCUUCUACAUAACGUAUAGUAGGGAUGGAUUGAGAUUUAAAACAUUCACAGUUGGAAGACGAACAACGGUCUUACGAGGCAACAGGAACAGGAACUCCAUAGUCUUCAACAGGUUACGAAGGCCCUUCUCUGCUCGUUACGUUCGCAUCUUCCCACAAUCCUGGCAUAGCCACAUGUCUAUGAGAGUCGAGUUGUAUGGUCGCAGAUAUGGUGAGUGA